UGAUUAUUUCUUUGCUUGAGAGUGACUACUCCAUUGAAAUUGAAUAGCAGAUCAAAAGCAGGUUGGUUGAGUGUGGUUUUAGGUUUUUUUUUCCUCAAAUUCAUUCCUUAAAACCUUCAUUUUCUCUACACAUCAAACUAUUCCUUCAAACAAGGACAAUGUCAAGGAUAUAGUGAUUAGUGACGACCUUUAGUGUCAGUUAGAGAAGGAAGUAUGGCGAUUUUCUCUCAUUGUUAUGGCGAUGGACGGAAGCCGUGCAAUAGCAUCUGCUUCUGGUUCUCCUUGAUGAUAUUUUCACAGUGUUGUAUAGAAACGUUCUCAGCUUCCUCCUCCCAGUAUUUGAUUGGACUUGGAAGCUAUGACAUAACUGGACCUGCAGCAGAUGUUAACAUGAUGGGGUAUGCAAAUACGGAACAGGUUACUUCUGGAGUUCACUUCAGGUUGAGGGCUCGUACUUUUAUUGUCGCGGAGCCCAAGAGGAAGAGGGUGGUAUUUGUUAAUCUUGAUGCGUGUAUGGCCUCACAAAUCGUGACAAUUAAAGUGCUUGAGAGACUAAAGACAAGGUACGGAGAUUUGUAUACCGACCAGAAUGUGGCUAUUAGUGGUAUCCACACUCAUGCAGGCCCUGGUGGUUAUCUUCAGUAUGUUGUUUACAUUGUGACAUCUCUUGGGUUUGUGCGUCAGUCAUUUGAUGCUGUUGUUGAUGGUAUCGAGAAAAGUAUUAUAAUAGCUCAUGAAAACCUCCAACCAGGUUCAGUUUUUGUAAAUAAAGGCGAGCUCUUAGAUGCUGGUAUAAGCCGUAGUCCUAGUGCUUAUCUUAACAAUCCCUUAGCUGAGCGGAAUAAAUACAAGUAUAAUGUUGAUAAAGAAAUGAUCCUCUUGAAGUUUGUGGAUAAUGAAUGGGGCCCGGUUGGCAGCUUCAAUUGGUUUCCAACUCAUGGGACUUCGAUGAGUCGUACAAAUGGAUUGAUCAGUGGAGACAACAAAGGUGCCGCUGCAAGGUUCAUGGAAGACUGGGCCGAAAAGAAAGGUUCAUCUAAUGGGAUCCCAAGAAGAGUCUCAAACAUAGUUUCUCAUCUGCGUAGAAAUUAUGACGAACUAAACGUGCUUGCUGCCUCCUUCGAGUCUUCUGGUGGAAGACCUGCUACAAGACUGCUUAGUUCUGUAAGCCGUGUUCGUAGUACGAUCCGGCAGGCUGACAGGCCUAGUUUUGUUUCCGCAUUUUGCCAGUCAAAUUGUGGAGACGUUAGCCCUAAUGUGCUUGGUGCUUUCUGCAUAGACACUGGGCUACCUUGUGAAUUUAAUCACAGUACCUGCGGUGGGAAGAAUGAAUUGUGUUACAGUCGUGGCCCAGGUUACCCAGAUGAAUUUGAGAGUACUCGCAUCAUCGGGGAUAGGCAAUUUAGAAAGGCUGCUGAUUUGUUCAGCAAAGCAUCUGAGAAGUUGAAUGGGAAGAUUGACUACAGGCAUACAUACUUAGACUUGUCAAAGCUUGAGGUUGAUAUUCCUAAACAAGGUGGAGGACAUCAGACGGUAAAAACAUGUCCUGCUGCAAUGGGGUUUGCUUUUGCUGCUGGAACCACUGAUGGGCCAGGAGCUUUUGACUUCUCACAAGGCGACGUCAAGGGUAAUCCCUUUUGGCGGUUGGUGAGGAACAUACUGAAAAAGCCAGGGCAGGAACAAGUAGAUUGUCAGCAUCCAAAGCCUAUUUUACUCGAUACUGGUGAAAUGAAAGAACCGUAUGACUGGGCUCCUUCAAUACUUCCGAUUCAAAUUUUGCGGAUAGGGCAACUAGUCAUUCUCAGCGUACCUGGAGAAUUUACCACCAUGGCUGGAAGACGUCUACGUGAUGCUGUGAAGUCAGUACUCACGAGUGGAGGUCAUGGAGAAUUUGACAGCAACACUCAUGUUGUUAUCGCGGGCCUGACAAAUUCAUAUUCGCAGUAUGUUACCACCUUUGAGGAGUACCAAAUACAGAGAUAUGAGGGUGCCUCGACACUAUAUGGCCCACAUACACUCAGUGCAUACAUACAGGAGUUCAAGAAAUUGGCGACGGCUCUCAUUAGUGGGUUGACUGUCAAUCCAGGUCCACAACCCCCAGAUCUUUUGAAUAAGCAAAUUAGCUUGCUCACACCAGUUGUUGUAGAUUUCACUCCUCUUGGUGUCAAAUUUGGGGACGUCAAAACCGAAAUUCCUCAAAACUCCACCUUCCACAGGAGGGACAAUGUAAGUGUUACUUUUUGGACAGGAUGUCCAAGGAAUGACCUGAUGACCGAAGGAACAUUUGCACUAGUUGAAAUUCUUAAGGGCAAGGAUACAUGGGUCCCAGCUUAUGACGACGAUGAUUUCUGUUUGCUAUUCAAAUGGUGGAGACCUAAGAAACUUAGUGCUUAUAGUUUUGCAACUAUAGAUUGGAUAAUUCCAGAGUCAGCAGUUUCAGGUGUGUAUAGGAUAAGACAUUUCGGUGCGGCAAAGAGCUUGUUGGGGUCAAUCAGCCGUUUCACUGGUUCAUCCCGUGCCUUUGUAGUUGUAUAAUACCAUAUUCUGGUACGUACUGUUAAUCUAAAGCGCAUAUAAGUAUAGUUUAAUUAGUCUUGUUCAGAAAACGAUCCCCCAUGUGACAGAAAAGAAGGAUUGUAGCCGAGGAUUUUCCUUGCUGUUAAAUUUAUAACAGUUUCUUACAUAUUGGUUUGAGGAAAGCGAAGUUUUUGUUGUAAGAGAUUGGUAUUGGAACUCUCUUUUUGGCAAGGGAAUUGUCCUAUAUUGGUUACAAAUGUUGGACAUCAUUUUUGGUUC